AUGGCGAUUGGCGCGCUCGGUGGCUCCAAGGAGAAUGCACUCGUCGUGGAGCGGAUGCGAUGGGAAAGAACGAUGGAGCUGGAUCCCGAUGCGCUAUCACUGCCGUUCGUCGACGGCGACAGUCAACUACAGACUUGGCAGCUCGACGCUACUGCUAUUGAUGGCUUUGGGAUUGUCUGUCGAAGUGACAAACUGGUUCUGUUCCGUCGACCGGAUGCGAUAAGGCUGUUUAACUUCUUGCGAGAUGAUGUUUUGCGUGAUGGUCGGUGUGGCUACGUACUGGGACCUGAUGGGUCGGGGAAAACAGCAACUGCGGCGGCGUUUGCCUUGGCACUGGCUCGCACUCGAUGGGUGGUCACAUGGAUUCAUCUCGGGUGUAUGGCGCCCGCAGAUGCUGUGCGGUUGGAGGGAAACACGAAGAAAACAGCCUGUAUGGAUACUCGUUACCUCGAUGGCGAUGAACUGCAUCGAGUACUGAAUAGCGUUCGAGAUUCGGAAAACCACAUCAUGUUUAUUGAUGACGUGUCGGAUGACGCUGAAACAUUCACCAGUGCAUGCAAAAGAUGGCUUGAGAAAGAUCGUGUGAAGUGCCGACUUGUGGUGGUAACGUCAAUGUCGUACCGCAGGACUACGACAACGGAUGACGCUGAAAUGGACUUUGUUAUGUCGCCGUGGACAUUAAGUGAAUACCUGGAAGCAAUCGAAGACGACGAGUUGUUUCAACGCGUGAAGCCUAAGUUGGAUGCAUCCGAUGGCAAUGGAGUUGCCAAUUCUGGCGCCGUCGAGGCAUACAACCAGUCUACUUGCGCUGACUCCGCCAGGUUCUUUCGUCAGAAGCUCGUGCAGUCGAAGUAUUACUUUGCAGGCGGAAGUGCUCGGCGCAUGUUCAGCAUGUCGACUGCGAGGAUGAUCUAUUACUUGGGGAUAACACUCCGCACCUUGGGGGAUCAGCAACUUACCGCGGCUCUGCUGUCGGAGCUUCCGACAACCGGCUGGCUGAAGCCGCAGCAGUACGAUCAAGGAGGGUACGAUGCCGUCUACAUCGAUCGGGAGCACGGACUUGUUCGCUUUGUGCAGUUGGCGCGGGCGCACAAGCACGAGCUCCACGUUCGCUACUUUCACCGAUUUCUGCGGGACUCCGCCUCGUCGUUUGAAUUCACCCAGCUGGAGAUUUUCAUCGUCAUCGAAAGAGGGGUAUUGUCCGGUUUCACGUUUUCCAAGGUCACGGGUGAGGGCCUAUUGGCAGCUUUUCCAGGCUGGGAGGAGGGCAGUGAAGCGGAUAAUUUAGUGCGCAAUAUCGGCAAGGACUGCGCCGGGAUGAAGCGCGGGCGAGUGGCGACCCGCGGCUCGACGCGCCGCGUGCUGCGCCGCAAGAACGUGGUGGUGGACGAGGAGGACGAAGAGGAGGAGGCGGAGGACGUGAGUCAGGAGGGAGAAGAAGAAGAGGACGACGACGAAGAAGAAGACGACGGAGAGCAAGAGCAAGAAGAGAAAGAGAAGACGCCGCCGCCCAAACUGACGCGCGCACAGGCCAAGAAGCAGGAGGAGGAGGCCAAGAAGAACAAGAAGAAUACCAGCAACACGAGGAAGGCUCCUGCUAAGCCUAAACAGAUGGCUACAGACGCAGAGGACAAUGAAGGAGAGCACGAAGAUGCAGAGGCGGAAGGCGACGACGACGACGACGAAGAUGAUGACGACGAGGAGGAGGAGGACGAAGAGGAGGAGGAGGAGGCUGAUGCUGGGGAGCGACGCAGAGGGACGAGAACACGGGGCGGCAACAAGCCCCAGCUGAGAGGCUCCAAGCCGCCGCCCAGGAAGAAACAGCGGCGCAAGAUCAUCGACUCAGAGGACGACGACGAAGACUCAGAGGACGACGAAGAAGAAGAGGAUGACGAAGAAGAAGAGGAGGAAGCGGAGGAAGGCGACGAAGACGACGAGGAAGAAGACGAAGACGAAGAGGAGGAGGAGGAAGAAGUAGCGAAGCCCAGGACUAGAAAGAUGCCGACGCGCAAGGACGAGAGCAAAGCGCCGACUCCCAGAGGCAAGACGAGGGCCAAGAGAGCAGCGGCGGCGGAGAAAAAGACGGCGCCUGUAGAGAAGAGGACCGCGAAAAAGCGCCAGACGCCGAAGAAGGUCGAAGAGAGCGCGGAAAGUGAGGCUGACGAGGACGACGAGGAGCAGGAAGAGAAGGAAGAGGCUGGGAAGGCUGGCGUCGAAGAAGAUGCUGAAGAGGAGCAGAUGUCAGUCAGCGAGCCGCUAUCCGCUGCGCCCACCCCGUCCUCGUCCCCUGCGAAGCGCAAGGGCUUGUCCAUCGACACGCUGAUGAAUGACGCGAAUGAGGAGGAGGACCAGGAAGAACAGGCGGACGUUGAGAUGACGCCGGCGUCGGCCUCAGCGUCGGACGCUGGCACGGAUGCGGACGAAGUGCCGGACCAACAUUUGCGUGAAGCACUGAGUGCAGCUAACACCGACGCGAAGCUGAUGGAGGUUUUGACGGAGGCGUGUGGUAGGCUGAUUCGUGAAGGCAAGACUCCAAGCCGUCUGUAUUGCGUGGGAUUACUUGGAGUUGUCAAGGAAGAUCCCAAGCGAUUCGGCCAACCGGUGGUGCUCAAGUAUUUAAUGCGAUUACUGCGAUCGAAGCACUACAUUGGUAUGAAGGACCCGUCCGACCAUGGUAAAAAACCUAGCACGGCGACCGCACUAGGAUCGGGGCAUUCGGCUGGGGCGACUGAAUACUUCCAGCUCUCACUCCCCGUUCUGGUGACAAAUCUUUUGGUGCAUAUCAUGAAGGAUACCGAAGAAUGGCCGGUGGACAGCGUCAAGGUGUUCCUGGAUGAUUCCCUUUAUUCACGGGUCUGGGUCGACCACGAGCUGAGUCAAGUAUUUGUUCAGAACGUGAAGACGGUGCUGGAGUCGGAUGCUAGCGACCAGCAGCCUACACAACCAUUGGUCCGCAAACGCUUCCAGGGCGCGAACGUUGUCCAGGAGAUGAGGGAUCUUAUCACGAACCACAUCCGCUCACGUCUUGUGGAGCUGGAAAAGGAGAGGCCCGGCAGUAUGGGAGGGUCUUCAGGUGUUGGCGGCAAUCAUGCGGUCAGGAACAUGAUUAUGACCCUCACCGAUUUUGCUAGUAUUCCUCAAGUGCGAGUAUUUGGAGCAGAGAACCUGGAAGCGUGGCUACAAAACCCGUCUGUGAAGGGCCCUGCAAAGGAGCUGCUGAACAAGAUCGUCGCGCUCUGCAAGUCAACGAGCUCUCAAGAUUUAGCCACCGUGGAUCUGCUGCUUAAGCUGAAGUUGAAGUCGACGAUGUUCCAGCUAAAGGUCGAGGCGAUCACGCAUCUUGUGUGCAACAAUCCAGUGUAUUUGAACCGCGCGCUGUCGAUGUUUAUUGCGCGGGAGCGGCCCAACAACAUGUCGCGAGACGUGGACAACAUCAAAAUGCUCCAGCACAUCUUCCGGGCGUCGCGAUCGUUGUCUGCUUCGUCCAUCCUUGGCAGCUCUGAUGACUUAUUUUACCGCCAGCCUAUUGAGCACCAGGGAACUCUUGCGAGCCGUGAGCUGGCCCGAGUUUUUCGUGAGAUGGCUAGCGUAUCCGAUGUUGCUCCGGUGCUGAAGACUAUGGUACGCAAGAUCCUGAAGCAGCUGACGUUUGAACAGGUGGAUAUCAAGGCACUAUGCGUUGGAAUUCUCGAUAAUGAUGGACACUGGGACGCACUGGUUGGUGACGCGCGUGUUUUGGACUACAUGGGGCUUGUCACUGGUGUCGUCUGGCUGAUUUUGUUGAUGCGAGGUGCAGCAGUGAAGAGUCUUCAAAUCCAGCAGUCAAACACUUCGAAUCGCCAAGGAACAAACACAACCGCCCUUGGCUCGACAGGGCUCAAGCACGGCACGCAACCAAUCGCUCGGCGAGGAUCGAACCCUCCUCUUCCAGUUUCCAGAGCCAAUAGGCUUGGCCCUCAGAAGGGAAAGCCGUCGAUGGGCAAGUCGCUUUCAUCCAGUCACAAUCCGGGUAGUGGCAGCAAUACUCCGAGCACUCAUGGCGCAAAUGGAAGCACCGGUGGCAAUGGCGGCGGUGCGUCAUCGGAAGGAUCGAAGACGGUGAAGAUCUCGGUGUGGGCAAAGGAAGAAUUGCAGCAAGCGCUGGCUUUUGUGCAGCGCGAGGCGAUUAUCUGCUGUCGUGACGUGCUGAAACAUUUCGGUCUCAAUGGCGAUUCACCUUUCGAGAAAAUGCUGUACGAAAACAUCGUCAAGAAGUUGCUCUUCCUCGAUAUUCCGGCGGAUGUGCAGCCUACGGAGCACGAUCGAACCUGCUUCCAGUCUACGAAAGAACAUAUCCCUGUUCAUGAAGAAUCGCUGGAGCUGCUUGCGAGUUUGUUCAAUUCAUGCAGAGCUGUUGAUCGCAUGGAGGCUCUGCGGACUCUAGAAACCAUCGUCUUCCGUGGCGCUGAGGCUCAUAUGCACCGAGAAGCCUUGUGGCUGCACCACGAAGAAGAUCUUGCUUCCUACGCUCAGAACGGUGGUGUGCUUGGCAUUGAAGUGAAGAACAGUCAGUUCGUCCAGCAUCUGCUCAAGCUCGCACUGUGGCAAGGCGGAGACGACAAGCAGGAGCAAGAGUUCUGUCACUCAAGCCGCUUCUGGAUUUGCUGCUCCAUAUUGCUGAUUGUUGGCUGCUUUAACCCCAACACAGUGGGCUCCUUCUUGUGGGAAGAGUUCCCGACGCUACGGGGAUUGAUGCAGAUGGUGAUCACGGGCCGGUACACGUUCCCGGCUAUUGGUGCCCCAGAUCUGCCGCUGCUUGGCAAGCACAGAUCGGCGUUCCCUGAUCUGAUCCAGGGCAAUUUGCAGCUACGGGACUACGAGCAGCAGCUGCUACAGCUCAACCAAGCAGACCCAUCGGUGACAGGAGAUCCACUGAUGCUGUUCGAUGCCAGCGGACUGGCACGCCAACCGCCACCAGCGAUUUUGGAGCAUCUUCGUACAUUGGAUCGCAAAUUUAAGCUUGGCAUGCGUCUUCGACAGAGUCGAAAGAAGGACUUCCUCAUGGAGAUGGUCGCAGGAAACGAAGACAAAAGCGCAGCGCAGAACGCCAAUCCUGCAGGCGCUGCGGCUAACAGUGCGUGGUGGAUCGCUGACAUCGUCUGCGAAGACUUCGACACGGUGCAAUAUCUUCCCUACGGGUGCUUGUGCCAGUUGCUUCUUCUCGCGCUGCGACCGAACAGCGCCGACAACAGCUCAGACGCACAAGUGCCGCUGAACCAACCAGCUCUGACUCAAAUCAUCCCGCGCUUGCUCAGCAAACUACGUGAGUACCUUGCUGAUGGAAGCGACAGCUCAGGAGUGGCGUCGAAUGUCGUACUUUAUUAUUUGGAGAGCUUAAACGCCCCCGAGAUGUCUACUCGACGCGUUGCUGCUCAUAUCCUCUACCUGCUGACUGCGCCUUGUAGCGUGGAGGAGCUAUCGGACGAGAUCCAUCAAGUUAUUGCCACAUCUGGCGCCGAGGGCACCCUCAGCUUCUCAUGGCUUCGCGAGUUGGCGAAGUUGCCGUGCUAUAGCAGCAUCCGCAGCAGAAUCUUCCGUUCUCUGGAAAAUUUACUCGAGCUGGAAGCGUCGAUUCCAUCACUUCGGAUGUGCAUGGUGGCGCUACACGACUUCUCAAAGGGCGGUGAUGCCAGCACCAACGAGACAGAAGGCGUUAAGAAGGAGGAGGAUGGUACUCACCCGAAGAAGAGCGCCAUUGAGCAAUCGCUUAUGCUGGCUGGGGCGUACGGACGGCUGCUUGCAGGGCGUGACUUGGUUGCUACGCUGUUGCUGAAGGACCACGACAUUUACGCUAUCACAGUGGACGUGAUUUGGCGGUCGAUUGAGUCGCAGCUGGAGAUGGCCCCGCAGCUCAAGGCUACGUCUGGGAUCAGUUUUUCGGAUUGCAAGGUGUUCUACGUGACGGACGGGGCUAACACCAUCCGUGAGAUUAAAUUGCCACUGGCGAUUAUCCACGGCGCGAUUCAGGUGCUUUGUUCGCCGCAUGCACAUAAGGACCCACCGCCAGCACAAAGCAAACGAACUUCUACCUGCACAGCCAGACUAACGCAGAGCUUGUUCCCCAAGGCCUCGCCGAAUGCCGCAAUCCUGUCUAGCACUGGCCUUAUCGCUACGAAGGACGCGCGUUUGUAUCCAGACCGUUUGCUGACCAAGCUUGCAGCCGCUGCCUCCCCGACAACUGCUCAUCUCUGCGCGACUGCCAUCCGCGCUAUGUCUAGCGAGUCGCUGUGGGAUCUUCUCGACCAAUCUGCUCUGAGCGAGCAGUGCCUCGACAUUGCCCUGCGGACGCUUCUCCAGACAAUUCAGAAAAGUGAAAGCAAGGCUGUUAGUAGCCUGAUAGCUGUGACGAAGGCGUCGGAUAUCUCGGUGGCAGCGGAUGUCGUGCUGAUGCAGCUGAGCGCGUACAGUCCUGAGCUCUCUCUUUCAUCGGGGACAACUGAAAAGCUGAAGUUCUUGCGCGAGUGGCUUCAGCAGCGGAGUGGGUCGAACGCCAGGAUGGUUACGGACGAAGACGACGAGGAAGCGCUGUUGCUGUCCGAAGGGUUCACCACCUUUAAGAUCCAUGCGACUGAGCCCCCCGUGACACCAAGCACUUCGUCGUUUUACUCCGAACCGAUGGUAGAUGCAGUCAAAAAGUUCGCCCCAUUGAAAACUACGGCGAGCCCCAAAACUGACCUGAAGGUGUUCAAGGAUACGUACUUUGACGGCCCACACGAUAAAGCACCGUUGCUCGAUGGACUGGUGAGAGAGCUCAAGCGAAGCUCCAGCACGGGAGCGCUGCCAGACGUGAUUGCCCCGGAGGACUUUGUUUUUGCUGCGGGCCAAGCGGUGGGUCAAUCUUGUUCAAAGGAUUAUGGAUCGACGGCGCACUCUCCUGCAGACUUGUGGGCGCUGCAAGUUUCGUUGCUGCAUUUUACACGCUCUGCAUGCAACUCCGAAGCCGCUGCUGCCAAACUUGCGAAGGGGUUGUUGCAGGUUGUUGCUCACUUGCCGACCUGCCCCAGUGAUGCCCACCGGAAGGAAUGCAGUGAAUUUGUGCGACGUGCACUGGACAACCUAAGUGAAGCUUUCGCUGGUUCCUACUCUGCCUCCGUCAGCUUCGUCCGCCAUAUUACCCAAGCAUCGACGACCGAGGGGCUUUAUAUGCUCGAAGAUAUGGCUGUAGCCUUGGAUAUCUACACCGUUUUGCACUUGGUGAUUCAAUUCAUCAGCCGGACUGUUGCGCGGUGGAAAGCGCAGGGUGUACGACUUCGCCUGGAUGCUAUGGCUCUACACAGCCUUGUGGUGCUGGUAAAGGAAGUAGAGGUGCUUCAACGUCUACAAAACAACUGCUCCAGCCCCUCCGCUGCGGAUCUCUUGGCGGAUUUCGCGUAUGACCAAGCAGAUGACAGCACGAUGCUGAAUCUGUUGGAGCCGAUCUUGACUGCAGACCCGCACCUUGGAAACCUUGGCGAUGUUGUCGCGAUCCAUGGAGACGUCAAGCGCGAUCUCAUUGGAACUCUGUACUUCCAGAACCCCAAGCUUGUGGCUGGACUGCUGGAUGUGCUGAACCCCGACUGGGAGUCACUGGUCAACUUUGAUGUUGACGCUGAGCAGCAGCGAGAGUUGGUCAUCCGCGAUCGCCGGUUGCUGUCGCAGGUGGACGACAUUCUCCGCAAUCUGACGCGCGAAGGAAGCGAAGUCAUGGAGCGAUUCCGAGAGCUGACCCGAUGCCACCCGAUGCUGGUGCUCUCGCGCUUUCCUCGGCAGCUGAUGGAGCACUUCGGUACUGUCUCGCUGUCACAGCUCUACUUGAACACAACAUUCUUCCAAAACAUCCUGAGCGCGAUGCAGAUCAUGCGACCGCACAUGCGUCACCAUCGGGGUGUGCUGGACCCCUUCUGCCAGUUCCUGUUUGAGAUCUUGCGCGUGAUCGCCGACCACCACGCGGUUGAGUUCCAUCAGCUGGUGUCGCACACGUGGGAGUUCUUUUUCGACGCACUGGAGGCCGACUUCGACCUCGCCAGCGAGUUGAUUUUCUCGUCACCGCGCGUCCUCUUGCUAGAGAACAUUGUUGGAAUGUAUGAGUCGCAGCCGGAGACGGUGGCCUUUGGAGAAGUAAUGGCUCAGCGGCACAGUGAGUGGAGUCUACGUGCAACGCUGGAAUCGAUUCGAACUGGGCGGAACAAGCAGCACUCAGCAGCGAGUCAGCAACAGCAGAUCGAGCAGUUGCUGGCCCGCAUCGAGAGUCAAGACCCCGUCUCCGUUUCAAACGGCAAACCGUUGGCCGAGCGCACCGACAUGACGGCCGUCACGCAGGGCUUGCAGGGAAUCGACUUCUUGUGCGCCAAGGCGGACCAAGGAGCAGCGGUCGUGGCGUUGCUGCGUCGCUGUGCAGCCCCAGUGGCCUCGUUGCUGGUGUCGGAGACGGUGACAAAGGCGGUCACGGUGACGCUGUGCCAGACGCUGCUCAACCUCAUGAAGUACGACUCCGUAUGUGUAGACGGUGUCAUGAGCCAGUACGUGCAGUGUCUGCGCGUCGUGCGUCCUGGCUUGAAGGAGGCGGCAGUGAAUGCCGUUCUGGAGUUCCUGGUGUUCGCAGAUGCGCGGCAGCGGCGGCAGAUCUUGCAGCAGCUCUUCGAUGACCCCAGCGAGAUCGCCAAGAGCAAGCUUGGCGUGUAUCUGAAGAGCACCGCGUACAAAGCGACUCUCCUCGUGGCAUCUAAAACUUCCAGGUAGCUGUAACCUUUGGUCCAAUGUUAACGCAGUCGUGUAUUAAGGCAAAGCACAGUUUUACCC